AUGUCUUCUCUCUACUUGCAGUACGACAAUCUGCCAACUUCCAUACUGACCUAUUUCUACUACUUUCAAUUCAAGAUUGCUUCCUUCUUUCAUGUAACCGAUCAACAAGCUUUCGGAAUCGCAUUGAUGAUCGUUUUGACUGCCGGCUACUUACUUCUCGUAGCGCUUAUCGCUGCUCGCGUAUUCUGGAAGACAAGAGGAAGGAGAGCGCAGACGAUCCAUGGAGAUACGAUUCUUCUUCUCGGUCCUUGCGACAGUGGAAAAACAUCGUUCUUUUAUCUGACAACGCAGGAACAGGUCCCCCAAACAGUAACCUCGAUGAAGGAGAACGUCGCUUCCUUUUCGUGCGCUGAAUCGAACGAGAAGGAAUCCCAAAAGGUUCUCGGGAAGAUUGUGGACUUCCCUGGCCAUCCUUCUGUUCGCAACCAGCUUGAGAAAUACUUUUCUCACACAUCCGGAAUCGUCUUCAUGCUCGACGGCUCGCACUACAGCGAGAAGGAAGUCGCCGAAUUUCUCUACGAUAUUUUCGUAAACCCGUCGUUUGUUUCGCACCCCUGCCCGCUCCUCCUUGCUGUAAACAAGUCAGACCUGAGCGGCUGCGAAGACAACCAAUCUGUGUUCGAUCGCAUCGAGAACGAGCUGUAUCGUUAUUGA